AUUCUGCUGGAAAAUGGUGACAGGUGUAAUUCAGACACGUUGGAGCUCCUUCACUUUGCCUUAGCUGAAAAAGCAUCAUCAGUUAUUGUAUCUCUGGCAUCUUGGUAGACACUGGCAGCUCCCUCAGGGUGAUGUGGAGUUGUUGGGCAGUUUCCUCAUACAUUUUUCCCAGCCACAGUCACUAAUCAGGACUGAACACGUGGGUUAUCUCAUCUGCUGUGGUUUUUAGAAGCAGGAAAUCCAGGAGCUGGCAGGAGGGGAAUGAACCGUGAGGGCGUCCCCGGAAAGAGUCCGGAGGAGAUGUAUAUCCAGCAGAAAGUGAGAGUUCUACUCAUGCUGAGGAAGAUGGGAUCAAAUCUGACGGCCAGCGAGGAGGAGUUCUUGCGCACGUACGCAGGGGUAGUGAACAGCCAGCUCAGCCAACUUCCCCAGCACUCCAUUGACCAGGGUGCUGAGGACGUGGUGAUGGCGUUUUCCAGAUCAGAGACAGAAGACAGAAGGCAGUAACUACAGGACACCUGAACAACACGGAGCUGGAGAGGACAGUGAGAUCCCUGAAGAUAGAGGAGGAUGGCUGAGCAUUAAUAAGUUCCUUUGCCCACCCUAAUUGUCCCUUGGUAUUCCUUCUCCUUUGUAAUGUUGUUUCCCUUUGCCCAACCCUCAGGAUGCAUCUCACAGCCAUCCAUUCCUGUCAGAUUUUGCUCCUCAGCCAGGCUGUGUUCAUUAAGGACAGACCCAGAGGGGUGGUUUUGGUUGGCUCAGAGGGACAGGCAGUGGUUGGCUAAAGGAAGGCAAUUUUUUCAAACUUGACCAAUGGAAAACCUUUUAUCUCGCGGUUUUAUUUUGUAUUUUAAAGAAAAGUCUCUCGACAUCCUACUUCUAAAGAAGCUUUUCAUGCUGUGGUGCUUAUUUAGGUCAAACUUGUGAACUUGAGGAGGGUUUGAUUUGGCUGCAUAGAACUGGAAGCAACUUGUGAUUGGGUGACAAUGCAAAUGCUUUCCCUUCAGUUGGCUUGCAGGUAUUUUGCUGACUCCCAACAUUUUCAUGGCAGGAAGCUGAUGUUUUGGUGCAUUGGUUAUUUCUUUACACUCACUGACUUGCAGAGGGGGGUGGGGGGGAAGGAGACAAAUGUGCUUUGCAAUAUUUAUUACACCUACACACAUAUAAAGGCUUGCUUUUGGGGGGGUUGUUUUGGUUUUUUAGGGUUUUUUCUUUGAUCGGCUUUGGAGUCAUGUUUUUUGAUUUCCUUUUGGCUGCAGUGUUUCUGAUGCAAUCAGUUUUUCCACACUCAGCUGCUCUGUGGCCUCGAGCUCUUUUUGGGAGCAUGUGUCGAAAAGCAGAUUUGGUUCAAUAAAUCCACCUGUUUAGGCUGGAACAUGGAGAUUCCCAGCCCUCCUGGGCUGUGCCAUGAGCUCCUGGCUCACCUGGCUGCUCAGGUGGCUUCUCCCUUUGCUUCUGACAGAGGAGCUGUAGAUGUUUUGCAGGAAUUGCAAGAAUGAGAUCUAUGGCUGUGACAUGAAUUUGCCAAAUUUGUAUAGAGGAUAUGUGAACUUGUUUAAAAUAGUACAGAGAGUUCCACUUUAACCCUUUAACUGCUGCACAAGACUAGCUCUCACAUUAGGAAAAAUUAAUGAUCAUUAACUUAAAUCCAGCUUGCACUGGGGUUUAAUAAACUGAGUUUCUGGUCGCUUGAAAAAUUGUACCUGGUUUGCCUCCUUGCAGCUGUUUGGUGAUAGGGAAAUGCUGUGGAUCCCAAGAUAAUCCCAUUUUCUUUAGGCACUAUUCCAAGAGGCAGGAGCUGCAUUAAGCUGUCCAACACUGAGUGUACAGGUGACACUCUCAGGUUUACUCUCCUUGUAGCUGCAGGGCCUUAAAACACACACACACACACAUAAACACACAUUUACAGACUGAAAAACCUGCAGUGGAAUUCCUGAAGUGCACUGACUAUCCAGGAAUCUGCACAUGGUCUUUAGCACUGCUGCCUAAAACCAAGCACUUCAUUCUCUCUCAUGUGUGUGCAGGUGGUUUUUACAAAACUUCUGGAUUUUGCUGUGGGUUGCACUGACUUUUGAGAUGUUUCAGAAUCUAUUAAAGCUGAACUCCAUUUACCUGACCCUGGUUCCUUUGGUAUGGUUGUUAAUUACUCGCAGUGACAAUUCUAGAACCUGACUGUGACAACAUGACCAUUUUUGUGGCAGGAGGUUCUGCUGACAGGAUGCUGUUCUGGUGUCAAAAUAGGGGAAAAGCUGGAGAAAACCAUGGACUGUGUGCAAGUGGAAGAAUGGACUUGUGAGCAGAAGGAGGAAAUUAUCUUGAGCAAAUAAAUCCUGUGUGAUGAGAGCAACUGUACAUCUGUUUAUGAAAACACUCCUUUUAAUUCAGUUGCAGCUUUGUAAAGUCCAAUGUGAAGGUAAAUCUCUCUCCCCUGUUCGUUGGGGCCGGAUGAGAAAUUUCUUUAUUAAAAUAAACCAGGAAUGAGCCCAAAA